AUGGCGGCCCCAAAGAUGACCAAGAACCAAAUGCGGAGGGCCAAGAAGAAGGAACAGAAGAAGGUUCAACAAGCUGAGCCAACAAUCAAUCCCGAGCAAGAAAAGGGUGAAAAUGAAGAACAAACAGAAGAGACAAAUACAACAACCGGCACCGACUCCAAUACUACGGAUAAGAAAGGCCAUGACGCCGAAUCUCGUGUCACCACUGAAGCGCCAGCGCUGGACGACGAUCUCGACCAAGACCCUGCAUUUGCUGUGUAUAAGGACAUAUUCACCAAGUUUGGCGCCUCCCUGGAAGAGGAUGAGAUAGCCAAGGAGGCUAAUGCAGGUAACCAAGGCACAGUGCUUUAUGCAGACGACGACAACAUCCCAGAUGAAGAUGACCAAGACGAGAAGCCCAAGCUGUCAAAGAAAAAGCGCAAGGAAUUGAACAAGCUUUCGGUGGCCGAGUUGAAGGCUUUGGUUUCCAUCCCAGAAGUUGUCGAGUGGCACGAUGUGUCGUCGUCUGACCCACGAGUUCUCGUUCAGAUCAAAGCUCAACGCAAUGUUGUACCAGUACCGACUCACUGGUCGCUUAAACGAGAGUACCUGUCAUCCAAGAGGGGCAUCGAGAAGGCUCCCUUUCGGCUACCUCAGUUUAUUUCCGACACUGGUAUUACCGAGAUGCGAGACGCCGUGCUAGAGAAACAAGCCGAACAAACUUUGAAGCAAAAACAAAGGGAACGAGUCGCCCCAAAGAUGGGUAGGUUAGAUAUCGAUUAUCAAAAGCUUUAUGAUGCCUUCUUUCGCUUUCAGACGAAACCAGAACUUACGCGUUUUGGUGAGGUAUACUACGAAGGGAAGGAGGCAGAAGUUGACUACCAACAUUUUCGACCAGGAGACUUGACCGAGGCUACCAAGGAAGCUCUUGGAAUGCCCGCUGGAGCUCCCCCUCCGUGGCUGAUUAACCAACAACGCUACGGACCCCCUCCCUCUUAUCCAACUCUCAAGAUCCCUGGCCUGAAUGCCCCUCCGCCUCCAGGUGGUUCAUGGGGCUUCCACCCAGGCGGAUGGGGCAAACCGCCUGUGGAUGAAAGCAACAGACCUCUAUAUGGCGGUGACGUGUUUGGCCUCGCUCAAAACGGAGCCCAGCCGCAGGCAGCUCAAGGUCAGCUGCAACUUGGCGACGCUGUGGAACGAACCCUCUGGGGAGAGCUCCAACCCCGCGAGGAGUCCGAAGAGGAAGAAUCUGAAGAAGAGUCCGAGGAGGAGGAAGAGGAUGCUGAUGCCGGUGGUCUGGAAACACCCAGUGGUAUGGAGACUCCGAGUGGCUAUUCUACCAAUUUGAACGAGUAUGGGUCUGGUAUAGAGACGUCGAUGGCAGGUGAAAUGGACCUAAGGAAGGAGCGCAGAGGUUAUGACACCGAAGAAUCAUCUGCACCCAGAUCUGCAUACACCGUCCUACCAGAGCGCCAGGUACGAGCUGAGGGCUUCUUUGGCAGCGACCGCGUCUAUGAUCUGAAAGCUGGCCAACAAGCCGGAAUGCCAGUCCUAGGCUCAGAAGAUGGCUCUCGCAAACGAAAGAAGCCUGGUGAUGUCGACGUUGCUCUUGACGUGGAUUCACUAAACCAGCAUGAUGGUAUCAGCAAAGAUGCUCUCAGGCAGCAGUUCGAGGAUACCAAUAGACAGGAAGGUCUCGGAGCCAAGUGGGCUCAUGACGACGAUCUUACAGACCUUAUUGCCGAGGAAUACCACAAGCGACAGCGCACCGAAAAGGAGCGCCAGGACAAGAAGAAAGAGAGCCGAUACAGAUUUUAA